ACUGCAAACAGAACCGGGCCCUCCGCAGCGCGCGCGGUGCAGGGGCGAGGCCUCAGCCCGGGGCGGCCUCCCCGCCCAGUCCCGGCCCCGAGGCCGGCGCGGGCGAGGACCCGGCUUCCCGUCCCGGCCGCGGCCCGCCCCGUUGCCGGGCGGGGCCCGAUCCGCCCGCCGCGCCGGGAGCCGCAGCCCCGCGCCACGCGGUCCCCACGGGCCGGGCCGGGCGGCCGGGGCGCGAUGGCGACGUGGCGGCGGGACGGCCGGCUGACGGGCGGCCAGCGGCUGCUGUGCGCCGGCGUGGCGGGGGCGCUCAGCCUGAGCCUCACUGCGCCGCUCGAGCUCGCCACCGUGCUGGCCCAGGUCGGCGCCCGGCGGGGCCGGGCCCGGGGGCCGUGGGCCGAGGGGCUCCGGGUGUGGCGCGCCGAGGGGCCCCGGGCCCUGUGGAAGGGGAACGCGGUGGCGUGCCUGCGCCUCUUCCCCUGCAGCGCCGUGCAGCUCGCCGCCUACCGCAAGUUUGUCAUGCUGUUCACGGAUGACCUGGGCCAUAUUUCCCAGUGGAGAUCUAUCAUGGCGGGGAGUCUCGCAGGCAUGGUUUCCACUGUUGUGACCUACCCUACAGACCUCAUCAAAACCCGGCUGACUGUGCAGAACCUGCUGGAACCAUCUUACCGAGGGAUCUUCCAUGCUUUUUCUACUGUCUAUCAACAAGAAGGGUUCCUAGCCCUUUACCGAGGGGUUUCCCUUACUGUUCUAGGUGCUCUCCCGUUCUCUGCCGGCUCCCUUCUCGUUUACAUGAACCUGGAGAGAAUCUGGAAUGGACCCCGAGAUCGGUUCUCUCUCCUCCAGAACUUUGCCAAUGUCUGCCUGGCCGCUGCAGUAACCCAGACCCUCUCCUUUCCUUUCGACACAGUGAAGAGAAAUAUGCAGGCUCAGAGCCCGUGCCUUCCGCACCGUGGAGGAGUGGACGUCCAUUUCUCAGGAGCGGUGGACUGCUUCCGGCAGAUAGUCAAGGCCCGAGGGGUCCUGGCGCUCUGGAACGGACUGACACCCAACUUGCUAAAGAUAGUUCCGUAUUUUGGAGUUAUGUUUGGCACCUUUGAGUUCUGCAAGAGAAUCUGUCUCUACCAAAACGGUUACACUGUGUCUCCUCUGAGCUAUCAGCUGACCCCAGGGGUGGAUCAGAGUUUGAAGCCCCAGGAAUUACGGGAAUUUAAAAAGUUCUUCAAAACCAGACAGCUGAAGUCUAAGAAACCAACUCUUUAAAACCGAAUGGAGCAAGAAGGGCACUGACUGAAGGCGUGUUACAAUCACAGAAAAGAGGUAGCCUCGGAAUUGCGUGUGUGUGGAGCGACAAGCGGGUCCUCCUGUCUGCUGCUCUCGGAAAUGAGAAGGUUCAGCCGCGUAUCACCUCCGAGAUCCGAUCUGAUGUCCUGGUGAACACCUGUGCCAGGGGAAGUUUCCCAACGUGACUGUUUUGUGGCAGCAUUCCACCCGAUUUCAUAACAAAACGUGGCUGUAGCGAAAUGUGCAAUGUACACGUGCAACUUACACGACACCAAAGAAAUGGCACCGCCGCGACCUCAAAGCGACGUGUAGUUGGAGUGGCUGAGCAGAUACAUACCACACCGUGAGCUUAGCCGCAGGGUCACAGCUUGCACUAAGCCACACUGGCCUAGCUUUGCUCCAUUUGACCCGAGACUUCCCAACAUAGCUGCUCUGAAACUCCUAAUCCUUGCUGACUCCGGAGUGCACACGCUAUAGCGCAAAUGACACCUUCUCAGAAACUAAAUUAAAACGUUUAACAUUUAAAAAUUAUCACUGCCGUAGUAGAAGCAUCCUUCUCUAUUUAAAUUUGAAGUAUCUCGGGGCGCCCGGGUGGCUCAAUCGCUUGAGCAUCCGACUUCGGCCCAGGUCAUGAUCUUGCAGUUCACGAGUUCAAGCCCCACGCCGGGCUCUGUGCUGCCAGCUCAGAGCCCGGAGCCUGCUUCGGAUUCUGUGUCUCCCUCUCUCUCUGCCCCUUCCCUGCUCGCGCUCUCUCUCUGUCUCUCUCAAAAAUAAAUAAACAUCAAAAAAAAUUUUUUAUGGGCGCCUGGGUGGCUCCAUUGGUUAAGCGUCCGACUUCGGCUCAGGUCAUGAUCUCACGGUUUGUGAGUUUGAGCCCCGCGUGGGGCUCUGUGCUGAUGGCUCGGAGCCCGGCGCCUGCUUCGGAUUCUGUGUCUCCUCCUCUCUCUGCCCCUCCCAUGCUCAUGCUUAUGCUCUGUCUCUCAAUAAUAAAUAAAUCUUAAAAAAAAAAAAAACACUAAAAAAAAUUUUUUUUUAAUUUAAAGUAUCUCAAGCUGAGGAAUUUCAGGAAUCUUGUUUCAAGAAGGCAGUUUUUACUGUGACCGCUUAAUUAUACCCCAAAAAAGCUUCUUCCAGUUGAAGUCAUGUGCAGGUGAAGGGGCCUGAAUUCUCCACCUUUUUAACUUGCUUUAACUUGCAAGCUUACCCUGGAAAUAAAUUAGUCACGUUAUUCUCACAAGAUGUCCCCGUUGCCUAAAAAGGAUCAAAUAGAACAUUUGACACACAUAUCAGAAAUACAUAUAUAACUGAACAGAAACGCUUCAGGCUAAUCAUCUCUACUAGAUUUUUUAAAAAUCACAUUUCAGAUUAUUCCACCUUAAGGACUCCAUGUCAAGUUUCUAUAGCUGUACUUUCCAGUAGUGCCUAUGUAUGCAUUAAAAAACAGUAAAAUUGUUAAUUUACACAUGCAUAAACACACACACACACACACGCAGGCUUUUGGUAUGUUGAAAGUAUUUGGGGGGGGCGCCUGGAUGGCUCCAUUGGUUAAGCGUCCGACUUCGGCCCAGGUCAUGAUCUCGCGGUCCGUGAGUUCGAGCCCCGCGUCGGGCUCCGUGCCAACAGCUCGGAGCCUGUUUCGGAUUCUGUGUCUCCCUCUCUCUCUGACCCUCCCCCGCUCAUGCUCUGUCUCUCUCUGUCUCAAAAAUAAACAUUAAAAAAAAUUUAAAUAAAAAGUAUUUUACCCUGUUA